AUUUUAUUAGAUGUUGGGAACACUUAUUGGCAAAUUUUGAGGUUACGUUACGUUGUGUUUGUCAAUUUUUAAAUCCGCUUUAAAUGUAACGAAAGCGAGAAAGACCAGCGAGAUGGAGUAUUCGUCGGACACCAGCAAUUUGGACGCCCAGCUGGAUUUAUAUUUGCAAGAAAUCGAGGGCGUAGACGAAUAUUGGGGUCCCACGUUCAGGGCGAUCUUCGAUAACAACCAACAUGCGGAAUUCAAGCAAAAGUUAGAGGAACGCAUCAAGCACCACGACAAAGACAUCGAGAGACUUUGCAAUGUUUAUUACCAAGGGUUCAUUGACUCGGUCAGAGAGCUCCUGGUGGUGAAAUAUCAGUCUAAAAACUUAAACGAACAAGUGGUAAGCUUAGACAAGGAGCUGCACACUUCUUCGCAGGCGAUUUGUAAGUCGGGCGCCGAAUUGCUGAAAGCGAGGAAGGUUCAAAGCAACAUCGCGACGGUCGUGAGUCAACUGAAUCUGUGUUUGCCGGUGUUUGUUACCUACUCCAAGUUGCAAAAACAAAUUUCGGAAAAAAGGUAUUACCCCGCUCUGAAAACUCUGGAAGAGCUCGAGCAUCUGCAUUUGCCUCACGUGGCGAACUAUCGGUUUUCGAAUCAGCUCAGAGCGAAAAUUCCCAAAUACCGGGAGAAAAUAGAGACGGCUUCGAUGUCGGACUUGAAAGAUUUUCUCGAAAAUAUCAGGAAAUUUUCGCCCAAAAUCGGCGAGGUAGCCAUGAGGCACACCACCGAGCAGCUGGCUAGCGAUCCGACCGUCAUUGGUAGAAAGAAAAAGAGAAAUUUGAGGCAACCCUCGGAAUCGGGGGACCAUUUCUCUGAAGACGACCUCAGUCCUCAGGAGUUGAUAGAUUUCUCCCCAAUAUACCGGGGGUUGCAUAUUGCUCACGUCCUCGGCAAAGUGGCGACAUUCGAGACGUAUUACAGGGCAGAGAGGACCAAACAAGCGCGCCUCGUUUUGCAGCCUCCCACCAAUAUGCACGAAUCCGAGGAAAGUUACAGAAAUUACAUAUAUUCGGUUUUGGGUUUCUUUAUUCUCGAAGAUCACGUCCUAAACACCGGGGGAGGGCUGAUAACGAAAGCGUUUCUGGAAGACAUGUGGACCAUGGCCUUAUCCAAAGUAACCACGGCGUUACAAACUCAUUCGGCGUACUGCACGGACGCCACAUUGAUCCUGAGGAUAAAAGAUCUCAUUAUGCUUUUCUGCACGACGCUGCGUAACUACGGUUAUUCGGUGAAACCCCUAUGGGAACUGAUGAGGGAGUUGAGGGACCAUUACACCGAGGUGCUGAUGCAACGCUGGGUUCAGGUAUUCAGGGAGAUUUUGUCCAAGGAGGACUUUCAGCCGAUCAAAAUCGAUGACCAGGAGCAGUUCGAACAGAUCCUGCUAUCGUUCCCGUGGGAGGGAGACUUGCCGGACGACGUGCGCUUUCCCUAUUGCUUCCCGUUUUCCAGCAUGGUGCCGAAAGUAUACCAACAGGUCAAGGAAUUCAUAUACGCGUGCCUCAAAUUCUCAGAGGAUUUGAAUUUGAGCCAGGUCGAAGUGGAUGAGAUGAUUCGUAAAUCGAUGAACCUGCUGCUGACCCGGACGUUUAGCGGCUGCCUGUCGUCGACGUUCCGUAGUCCGAACGUAAACUUGCAAAAAAUAUGCCAGAUUAUCAUCGACACGGGCUAUUUGGAGGACGCGAACGUGUAUUUGGACCAAUUCAUUUCGAAUAUCACCGGCGAGGAAAGCCGAAGCGUGACGACCGGCCAAGGUCAACACGCGAUGUUCAAAACCGCGAGGGAGGACGCAGUCCGCCAAAUCUGCGAGAAGCUCAAGCAGAAACUGGACGAGUUUCUGGAGCUGGAAAGUUACGAUUGGGUGCUGGUCGAGCCGAAGGGACACGCCUCCAGUUUUAUAUCGGACAUGAUCGCGUACUUGCAGACGACUUUCCAGAGUUUCACCACCUUGCCGCCGGAAGUGGCGCAGGUGGCGUGCAAGGCCGCCUGCGAGCACAUCGCCAGGUCGAUGUUCGCGUUAAUGAUGAACAAUGAAACCAAACAGGUUUCCAUGGGCGCCUUGAAUCAGUUUAAUUUGGACCUCCUUCAGUGCGAACAGUUUGCCGCUUCCGAACCUGUCAAGGGCUUGCAGCAGGACGAGUUGCUCUCGUAUUUCAGCAAGCUGCGGGAAAUCUUAGACUUGCUAAUUUCGUGGGACUGGCCCGCUUACUUUCACGAUUACGGCCAAGAGACGAGCAAGUAUAAAAAGGUCCAUCCGGAGACCGCCAUCGUUCUACUAGAAAAGUUGAAGGAAGGCGAUAAGAAGAACAUGUUUACCGUUUUGAAGAAGAACGAGCGGGACAAAAAGAAGCUGCUCGAGACCGUAUUAAAACAACUCAAACAAUUGUCUAUUAAAUGAAACUAACUAAGUAAAAAUAUAAAUAAAAUUA